UCGACGGAUUGUCGUUUGUUACAUUGUGCUUCACGUAUCUAACGCACUUAUGUCGUACUCGCGUCAGAUAUUAUAAUUUUUGUGCCUUGAAGCAUAAAAUUAAUAAAACAUUUAGUUUCAACAUCUUUGGACGCACACAUCGGGUGUUGAAUUUAGGACAAUAACUUUGGAGAACUUAAAAACCGUGUGUACUGUGUCGGUGACUGUGGUGUUAUUAAAGACUAAAGUCGCAUCUAAAUAAUAGUGUUUAAUAAUAUAAUUAGGUAACUCGGCUGUUUGUGUCCACUUUGGGUGUAUUGUGGUGACAAUUAAAAAAAAAAAACAAAAUAUAACCUUUAAGACUGCAUCCUGAACCGGUGCAAAUUUGCAAAUGUACAUAAAUUUAAAUUCAUGAGCGAAACGGAAUCCAUCGGCUGCGAAAUAUCUGGUUUAAACUUUUCCAUUCCCAUCCAUUCCAUAAAUACAUACAGCUGUGAAUAUUAUUAAUAUAUAAUAUAAUAAAUUAAAACAUUCCCAAAAAAAAUAAAUCUUGGAAAUAUAAUGAUAUUGCCUUCGUAGUGAUAAUAUUAGCUGGUUGAUCAUAUCUGAAUACCCGGUCAUGAUGCUGUAACCUAACCCACCUACAAUGAGUUCCUCUCCCGCCAUAGAGACUUCGACCCCCACAGCCACACCCUCGUCACCAGCUCUGAGGUCCGCGGAAUACCAGUUCCAUACGUCAACACCGAAUUAUCUGAAGAAACAACACCAGCCACUUAGCGUGGUUCUAUCAGCGACCGCGCCGAACACACCUCCGACUUACGGCGAACCUACCCUCACCCCACCGCCGCGAUCUCCGGGUGCUCCGCUAGUGCCCCCUGCCCCGGGGUGUGGUGACCGAGCUCACCCCCCGGACGGGACCUCCUCAGACAAGUCAUCAGAAACAGCAGUGGGGGGUGUAUCGCGGACCCCAAGCACAGCUCUCACACGAAAAGAGAGUUACAAAGCACAGAGGCAACACUACAGGAAGGAGAAGAAGAGGGCCGCCUCUGCGCUGUUACACUCUAUAGAGGAUCCGUCUGUUAUAGUGCUCGCUGACUGGCUGAAGGUCCGAGGGUCUCUCAAGUCGUGGACGAAGCUAUGGUGUGUGCUGAAGCCAGGGUUGCUGCUUCUCUACAAGAGUCCUAAGGCGAAACGCAGUCACUGGGUGGGUACGGUGUUGCUCACGUCGUGCCAGGUCAUAGAGCGGCCCAGCAAGAAGGACGGCUUCUGCUUCAAACUCUACCACCCCCUGGAACAGAGCAUCUGGGCGCCCAGGGGUCCGCACAACGAGACUAUAGGCGCGGUGGUCCAGCCCCUGCCGACCGCUCACCUGAUCUUCCGCGCUCCCUCCCCCGCCGCCGGACACUGCUGGCUGGAUGGACUGGAACUAGCGCUGAGAUGUAGCAAUGCUAUGCUAAGAUGUUCUCGCUCUCGGCCGGAACAAGCUGUAGAGGACACGCCGGCGCAGACCAACAUCUCGCACGAGGAGCUCGAGAAACACUUCAAUGAGCACGAGCUAGCCGGUGCUGCCUCCGAUACUGAUAGCGAAGAUCCUGGCAUGCAAGACAAUCAGGUCAGGGACGAAGUCGUCAGGAAACAGGACAUCCUCGAGAGGAUUAACAGCCUCUAUGUCGAGGAUCCGGAUAGAGAGAUCGGCGUGGCUGGUGAACUGGUCGAGGAAGUCGCUGAGGAGAAUAAAUCCCUGCUAUGGUUCCUGUUGAAGCAAGUCCGCCCCGGCAUGGAUCUGUCCAAAGUCGUCCUACCCACAUUCAUAUUGGAGCCGAGGUCUUUUCUCGACAAACUGUCCGACAACUACUAUCACGCGGAUUUACUGAGUCAGGCUCAGGCUACGGAGGAUCCCUAUCAGAGGUUCAAGGGUGUGCUGAAGUGGUAUCUAUCAGGUCUGUACAGGAAGCCCAAGGGGCUGAAGAAGCCUUACAAUCCAGUCCUGGGGGAGACGUUCAGAUGUUGUUGGCGGCAUAGGAACAGUGACACGUAUACCUAUUAUAUAGCUGAGCAGGUGUCCCACCACCCCCCAGUGUCAGCUUUCUACGUGUCCAAUAGGAAAGAUGGUUUUGUUAUCGAAGGAAGUCUCCUGGCCAGAUCCAAGUUUUAUGGUAACUCAACAUCGGCCAUACUAGAAGGCUGUGCUCGCAUACAUUUACUGAAUUGGGGCGAAACCUACAUCACCACAGCGCCUUACGCGCAUUGUAAGGGACUGGUCAUCGGGACACUGAGCAUGGAACUCGGUGGAAAGGUGCAUGUUAUAUGUCAGGAGACUGGAUAUCAAGCGGAUGUGGAGUUCAAAUUACGAUCGUUUCUCGGCGGCGCUGAUCAGACGAAUGCUAUAUCCGGGAGAAUAAAGAAGGGCAAGGAGACGGUCGCGUCCCUGGACGGCUACUGGGACGGCAGGAUAGACAUCAAGGAUAAGCGGAGCGGGGAGGAGUCUAACCUCCUGGACGUGGCUGUGUUGAAAGACCAUCGACUUCCUCGGUACCUGGUGAAACUCGAGCGUCAGGGGGUGUGGGAAUCACAGAGACUGUGGAGCAAGGUCUCCGAGGCAAUACGUAAUGAGGACCAGGUGGUGGCGACGGAGGAGAAGACUAUCAUAGAGGAGGCCCAGCGGGCCCGCGCUCGGAAUGUCGCUGUUGUUUGGAGCCCGAGGCUGUUCACGAGGGGCAGCUGGGACCUGCCCGAGGGUAUAAUGGACCAGGGCUGGAGAUACUGUCACUCGAACACCAGUCCGUGGCAGCCAGAAGAAUUGAUAGAGUAUGAGGAGGAGUUUGUGAUAACGUCCCUCAAGAACGUCUCCAGGAGCAGCGACACUCGCCUGAGAGAAAUAGCCACGAGAUCGGAUUCUGACAGUAGGGACGAGCUGGCCAGGAGAACUAAGGCCACUGCCGUCCGUACAUCCGGUGAGUCUAGACUGCGCGAGAGCCGUCGCUCAGACUCGGACAGCCACGACGAACUAGCAAGACGGUCUAAGACCUCCGCACGUAGCCUCAAGCACACGUUGUCGAGCAUAGACUCGACCAUCAAAGACCAGACCCUCGCUAUAGACAGACUGACGAGGAUCGUGGAGAAUAUAAGCGAGGGUCAGAGGGCGAACGCCUUCAGGCCGCAGAACCUGGGCCGGAGCCCCACGACCUCGCACUCGUGGGACCUGUUCGGGGGCUUCGUGCUGGCUAUGGUGUUGCAGUCCCUACUCAACUGGAUAUUCUACCACAAAGACUGAAACAGAAACUUCUGUCUUAUACUAACACAUCGACCAAGAUAGUUUUUAUGGGAUGCAGCGUCUGUCUGUCUGUCUGUCUGGCUUUAUGUAUCGUUUCCAGAUAAUAUUUUUCUAUAUAUGUAUAUAUAUAUUCGUUGCGAAUAUUUCUACCAUUUUUUUUAGUAGAUUUUGGUAGUUUUUUUUUAUUAUUAUUAUAAUUUAUCAUUUAUUCCCAUGGAGAGCGACGGACAGACGAUGUGUCAGCACCUAACUUGCCUACGCUUUCACUUAUAAGAGUGCCUCUCGUGCGAUUCGGUUGCCAUGGCAACGGAUACGUCCUAAAAUAGCAAGCCACCCGAUACAACCCUCUCGCCAUACGAAUAAGGUCCAUCUCACGCUGGGCACGCGUCUUAGCUUAAUGUAGACUGUUAAUUUUUGUUUAUUAAAAUAAAGACACUCGAAUUUUAAUCUCAUAUUUUUCCCUAUACAGCCUGCUUUCAGAUCGGCGUGCGACGCCGGCUGUAUGUCGUAUGCCUUCGUCUGAACUGUCAAUGUCAGAAUGACGUUGACGUUUAUUUAUUUAUUUUCACGAUAUUUGUGUACAUUUUCGUGCCUUAUUUAAAUAAUGGCAUAUUAUUUUCCAGCGGGCUGCUGUUAUCAUUCCUAGAGUUUAAAUCGAGCCAUUAUCUAAUAAUUAUUUUUAAUGAUAUAAAUUACGUAAUACGAUUGUUCUACCAAAAAUUACUUUUUUUCUUUCUUUCUAUUCAUACAUUAUAAUAAACGCUAUUCCCUCAAUACAGUCAUAUAUUUUUUUAACAAACACAGUCACUUGCUAAUAUAAUAUAAUAUAUUUGAAACGAUAAAAUUUACCUUUUAAUAUCUUAAAAGAUAGAUACGAUAUCUUGUUAUGAAAAUUCAAUUACGACGAUUUUCGUUUCGUAUUAAACGAAAUUUCCUUGAAUAAGUUAUUUCCAAUAAAUAUUUUCUGUCUGAAUAGUUUUAUAAUUUUACGUCUUAUUACCACGCGGCUGUUUUUGUUUUAAAAAUAUAUAAGUGUUUUUCAUCCGUUCCCCAUCAAUGUGUUGGCGCGGUCACCGGACGCGGUGUUGCCAGUUAAAAUGGAAUCUCUAAGGUAUUAUCGUCGAAACUUUUGUUCGUAUUCCAUCGGUGUUGCCAUGUAUUGUUUACUAUUACUAUAAUAUUAUUGUCCUUGAACGUCGUUAUGAUCUGUUUAAACGCCUUCAGCUGAAUCAUUAGAGUUGUUGAAAUGUUUUGUUGUUUUAUCCAGCGAAUAUAUAUUUUUUUCAAUUUAAAA